AUGUCCACAGAAGUGGAUGACAUCCUGAAAAAUGCACAAGCAGCGGCCAAGCAGUCUAUGUUUGCGGAAGAUCUGGAAAAUUUGUCAUUGCUAGAAGAUAGCAGAGAUAGCUUUCUAACAGCUUUGGAUGAUCCACAACCGGGGACAUCGGAACGAGACUCCCCUGCUGCAUGUAGCAAUCUCAGAAGAACGAUCAAGUCUGCUCGAGAUUUCAUGGAAAGCGAAGCGUUCAAAACAAUAUCGAAUGAUAAGGUUACGGUCAAUGGAGAGAGGGAAAAAUUGUCGAUUAUGUGUACUACGCUUCAGCAUCGCGCUCUUACAUGUGCAGAAGACCGAUCUUUGUUGCAUGGUCGCAUUUGUGCAAUCGAUUUGGCUCUUCUGGGUUCUGGGAGCUAUGUGAUGAAUGACGUGUUCGAACGAAAUUUGAAAAAUGUGGUUCAAACAAGACGAAAUACUACCUCCGAAUUCAGCGGUGCAGGGCCAGCUAUGCAUGUUUGUUUGGCUUGGCUUUGUCAUGCUGCUCAAUGCAGAGUCAGCGAUGUCGUGCCCGGUGGAGAGAUAUUUCCAGACGCUGAGCGGUACAUCCAUGAACGGCUGGAGCAGAACGAAUUGCCUGUGGUGGAUGAAAAUGAACGGUCUGACUUGGCUAUAUAUCAGCUUUGUCGCGUUCUCGACUUGUUGGCUGUUUGCGAUUUGCGCGCGCAAUCACCUGUAGAUCGAUCGAUACUCAUUUUUGUAAUUUGUCGACUUAUACUGGACAAGAAUUCUUGUUGUACGACACAGACUAAGGCCAGCUUGGCUAUUGGCAAUAUCUUGAAUGCAUCCUCACUAACAAAACGCGCCACACUUAUCGAGUUUUCUAACAUCUUCUCGUUGAUCUCAGACGAUCUCUUGAAUUUGGACCUCUGCCAUCAGUGUGUUCGUCUUUCCAUGGUUGAUCCUUCUUGCUGCCUUGCAUUGUUUAGCUCUCUCUUGAUUCAUCUAUCAGAAAGAGCAGAAUGCGAACCAGCUGAUUUGGAAAAUGUCAGCGAAGAGGUCUUUGUCAAUGCACAUUUGGGCGUGAUUAUUGAUGUGAUUGAAGACGUCAUGGAAGUCUAUAGCAGUAAUAACAAGCAAAAAUGCGUAAUUAUUACAAUGUUCGACUCUUCUCUCCAUCCUUCCCUUUUCGACAUGAUAAGUGUGGAACAAAAGUCGCAACUCAAAGGACUGUUUCAACGUUUGAAACAAGAUCUGGGAACAUCGACAUCUCCAGAUGGAGCACUAUCCUAUCGUCUCCUGCGGAAUCUCAUCGAUCGUUAUGAAAUUCAGUCCAAUAAAGAAACGACGACAUUUGCUGGCUACUAAUAUUUCUUGAUCUCGCUGUUUUUUGCACUUUUGUUCGCUUUGCUGAUCACUGUGAUCAAUUUUUUUCCUCCCUUGAUGCUUUCUUCAUGUGCUGCUUAUUCCGAUACGGUGCUACAUCGCGCUCAAUUCGCUUACUUGAUGCAGGUUAC